AUGGCAAGAACAGGCCCUUCCACCAACUCGACUUCGGGAAGACAAAGGGCACGCCAGCCACAGUCGCAUAAGCUCACGGACAACGAAAUUUCAGAGUUGAAGAACUACCUUCCUGAGUGGACUUCGGCAAAAAGGAGCGAGAAGCGAGGAGUUUUCGCUGCCUUAGCAAGGGCAGCCAGAUUGUUUGCUCCUAAGGUGGACCAAAAACAAUGGAAGAAGAGAAAGCAGAUGUACAAGACUUGGUUGUUCAACAACAAGAAAAAGAAGGAAAGGAAGGACAUGAUCAAGUAUGGGAGGAAAUGGACGCCCAGGAUGGUGGUCUACCAGCAGAAACGUGAAGAGGUGCUGAAGAGGAUUGAGGAUGAGUCCGGGGCGAAGCCAGGAGAUCCUGGUAUGUUCAAGCAUUAUCAGGCGACCGUGAAGAGAGUCAUGGCUGAAUUGGACGACGACGAGUUGGAGAAGGCGAAGGAAACCGCGAAAGAGUGGUCCAACAACUGUCCGCCUCCGGAGAUACAAGCACAAGUUGCUCGCAAGAAGAGACCGGCGUAUAUGGAGCACUUUUCAAGCGAGAUGUGGAGGCAAUGCGGGAUGAGAGUGUUUGUGAUGUCAGCUUGGAAGAAUGACAAGGGAGAGGUGCUGUUCGGGAUGCAAGUGAAUUUUACCCAUCUUCCCGGAUCUUUGAUCUCAACGCAAUCAUGCAGGCACAAUGAUAAUGAGGCAUUAGGAGAUGGGGACAGCUUCAUGAAGACGAAGGACUGGGAGAACAUCAAGCCAGUUUGGCAGGAGUAUGCGCAGGAACAGUUCGGUGCCGGGGCAUGGGAUGUAGGAAGACAAGUCAAGGGAGGUCGCAAAAGAAUCCGAAAGCCAGCUUUCGAACUCGACACGGACGAUGAUGGGAAGCCAUUGCUUCCGGACAUCACGGACACGAAGCUGGAGGAGAAGAAAGCCAUUGUGAGGGCAUUUCUCACAUCUCACUAUCGGAUAUGUUCGGGGAAGGACAAGGCUGUUGUGCCAUGGAGUGCCAUAGUUCAAAGUCAGGAUGACUUCGUGGCCCAAAAGUAUCUUCCGGUGGAUGUUGACUUGAAGGAGCCUUCGAAGCUGCAAAAUUGGGACACCACAGCCUUGCUCAAUUUCUGGCAUGCCCGGCAGGAAAACGACGAAGGUCCCGCAUUUCUAUUCAAAGCAUGGAAGAACAAAGAUGGGGACAUGGUACCAUCUGUCUUAUCCAGCAAGUCGCCCUCUCCUCAGACCCGUGUAGUGAGAAAGCAGCAUCGGGUCACAAUCCGAAGGCCUCGUGAUUCGUCAACUGAACUGUCGAGUGAUGGCGAGGGAAUAGCUCAUCCUACGGAGGAUGAUGUGGAUGAUGACUCGGCUGAUGGGAGAUCCCCGCAAAAGAAACCCAGAUAUUCCUGGGGUCCAGCCACCAAAGGGACGGAGGUCCGAAUGUCAAUUCCAAAGCCUCGCAAGGCCAAGCCAGCCACAUCAGGUGCACUCCUGACAUCUCAAAUGGGCGAUCUCCUGGCCGGGUUAACUGCUGAAACCACAGGAGAUGGUACGGAGGAGGUGGAGAUGGAGAUGGACAGGGGGAAGACAUCGCCUGCACCAAAGAGGAAGCGGGGCAAGAAAGCCGUGGUGGAACCAUCAGCGAGGACCACGCGGAGUAAGUCGCAAAUGCCAGUCGACAGUACACCUAGAGUGACCAGAGCACGGGGACGUAGGUAA